GUUGUCAGUUCAGAGGCUGGAACCUGUUUGUCGGCUCCACCUGCAGUAUUCACCCAGCUCACCUGCUCUCCUGUCAGUGACGAGCUGCAGAGCUGUCGGCUCACACUGAUCCUCUCUGCAGCCCAACGCUUUGGUCCAACUUCAGCAGCACACAGACCUGAUGAACUACGACUGCCUGAUGGAGUCUGAGGCUUAAUGGAGAUAAACACAUCAACAUCACAAAUCAUGCCAACACACCGCAGGGGAAGGAGCCUCUCUGAGGCCUUGACCCUGGACCAAUCUGAGGAGGGUGGACUGUUCAUUUCCAACAUCAACAGCUCCUCACAAAGACAGGACCUGAAAGAAGGAGAUGAACUUUUGGGGGCAACAAUAAAUUUUGAUCACCUGUCAAAAGAUGAGGUAUUAAAAGUUCUGAAACUGAUGGAGCCAUAUGAUGACAAAAUCCAAGUCUUCACUCGGAAAAACCUGAACAGAAGCCUUGACAACUUAAACCAGUAUGAUAGGACUCCUGGGGCAAUGCUGAAUGAUUCCUACAAUAAACUCUACAAUGCCAAAAUAAAGAAGUUUAUGAAGAGUUCCUCUUCAGGUGAAGAUGCAGGCAGUGCAAAUGGAGAAACAACAGUACCUGCCUCAUCCAAAGUCAGCCUAAAACAUGACAUAGGGUUGCCUCGUCUUGGAGUUGACUUUGGACUUCUGAAAUCUAAGACUCUGGUCCAGGAUGCAAAUGUGGAUUCAAACUCUAAAGUUAAAGACUUAAUGGAUGGCAGCAAUCUGAACCUUCCCCCGGUGGGUCUUGGUACUCUAAGUAAUUCUCUAGUCCCAAGACUAAAGCCUGAUGCUAGAAAUCCACAACUUAAUGCUCCAGACUGUGAUCUGUCUGGGACAUUACCAGAUGAUCAAAAUGUCAGGGUUGUACCUGGUAAAUACCUGUCAGACACUGAGAAAGCGUCAUAUGACUUGACAGUGGCUAAUCUUGAUCUAAGUAAGGAACGUUUGACUGGUUCAGCCUCUAAUGUUAGUGUUCCUAAAGCAGACAUUAAAAGGCCUCAAAUGGACCUGGAAAAGGUUGAUUUUAAUGUAUCACAGCAUGAUAUCACUGAAACAGAUUUUGACAUGCCUUCAGGUGACAUUAAUGUGUCUCUUCAAAAACCAAAGACUGGUCACAAAUUUGAUCAUUUAAAUAUGGGUGCUCCAACUGGGUCAUUUACUUUGCCAAGACUUGGGGUUAAUGGCAGAAAUGAAGAUGAAAUUGACCUAAGCCUUAAAAGACCACAAUUUAAAGGAGGAAUUUCAGCCUCUGAUGCCAGUUUGUUUAAAACUAACAUGAAAGAAAAAGACUUGAACACUGAUGCUCCAUCAGUUCAAAUUAAAGGUCGAUCUGGAAAGUACAAGGCACCUAAAUUUACAAUGCCAAAAUUUGAUCUGCCAAAUAUUCAAGUUCCAGACUUCAGUGAAGACUUGGAUUUACCAGGUACUGACUUAACUGUACCAUCAAGAAAUCUGGAAUUUUCAAGCUCAACUAAAAGAGUCCAAAUGUCCCAAGAUUUGAGCAUGAAAACUCCUCAAAUAAAAGGUGAAAUGAAUACAACUGAUCGGGACCUUCCAAACAUUAAAAUGAAAAAUCCCAAGUCAGAUGUCAACACUCCAGAUGUCAACAUAGGCUCACCAAAAACAAAACUGAAACUGGCUAAAAUGAAAAUGCCAACAAUUGGCUCACCAAAUAUGAAUGGACCUGAAAUUGAUGGCAACAUAAAUGCUCCAGAUAUAGAUGUUAAGGCUCCCAACGUCAAUUUUAAAGGUCCCAAAACAGAUCUAGAUAUGGAUCUUCCAGAUUUAUCAGGGAAAUUCAAAAAGCCAAACCUAAACCUACCAGACCUAGGUCUUUCUGGUCCAAAGCUGGAUGGCCCGAACCUAGACCUGAAAUCACAGGACAUCGAUAUAUCUGCUCCCAAACUCAGAGGUGGGAUAAAUGCGCCUGACAUUAAUAUGCCCAACUUUGAUCUAAACGCUCCAAAACUAGACCUCAAUAGACCAAAGGUCAACUUAGACAUGCCAUCAGGUAAACUCAAAAUGCCAGAACUUGAGGGUCCAGACUGGGAUGUUAAUGCUCCCUCAGGCAAACUCAAAAUGCCUAAAAUGAAUUUUUCAGGCACACUUCCAAAGGGACCAGAUUUGGGCCUAAACACAGACCUCAAAACCCCUGACUUUAAUCUGAAAAAUCCAAAAAUAAAAGGUGAAAUGAAUACCCCAGAUCUGGACAUGCCAAACAUUAAAAUGAAAAAUCCCAAGUUAAAUGUCAACUCUCCAGAUGUCAACUUUGGGUCACCAAAAGCAAAAUUUAAAAGGCCAGAUAUUAAUAUGCCAGGCCUAAAAGGACCUGAUGGCCCCGACAAUGAUUUUGAUUUGCCAAAUGUCAACAUAAAAAACUCCAGAACUGGUUUUGAAAUACAUGAUGCUGACAUUGGUAGCACAUCAAGAAAAACUAAAAUGCCAACUUUGAAAUUACCCAAUGUUGGGUUUUCAGGUCCAACGUUAGAUGGUUCACCAGAUCUUAAAGCUUCAUUACCAAAAGGACCCAAUUUGAAGUUAAAUUCAGAUCUUAAUAGUCCAGAUUUGAAUCUCAAACUCCCAAAUAACAAAGGUAAGCUUGAUUCUCCCAACAUGAGUUUGCCAAAUAUGAACCUGAAAACUUCAAAAAACAGUUUUGAAGUUCCAGAUGUCGAUUUUGGUACCCAAUCAGGGAAAAUGAAAAUGCCCCAUAUGAACAUUCCUGAUUUGGGUUUUUCUGGUCCAAUGCUAGAUAGCCCAAAUCCUAGUCUCAGUUCACCAAAACUCAAUGCCAAAUUACCAAAGGGACCACAUUUGAAAAUAAAUUCAGAAGUAAAUGCUCCAGAUCAGAAUGUCAGAGCUCCAAAGACAAAGGGUGGUCUCACUUUUCCGAAGCUUGGCACGCCAGAUCUCAACAUUGAUGAUCCUUCAGUAAAGUUAAAAGGACCUUCCUCUAAAACUCACAAACCAUUUCUGACAAAUAUGAGUAUAAAAAAUCCUGAUCUGGACAUAGAUGAAGAUGUUAGUCUUAGUUACACUAAUGAAAAAUCAUCUGGAACUAAAGUAAGGGCCAGCUACCCUGCAGUGGAUGAUACCUUACACCAGUAUUUUAAUUUUAAUCGGUCAGACCUCAACAUAGAUGAUUUCACAGAAAAGGACCAUGUGCUCAGAGCCAGGGGUUCAAAACUAGACUUCCAGGCACCAUUCAUUUAUACAGAGGGGAUGCCCACUUCAGGGGUUGACGUUCACAUGCGGGACGCCAGAAAAGCCAAAGAAAUCCCAAUAAGUGGUAAAGAAUCCUUUGCUUAUUCUCGAGAUUUAUCUCAAAAUUCACAAAGAAAUGUACCUGAAAGUUCAGAGGGAUACUACAUCACUGUUUUCCCAACACAGGCACAAAAUCAAAAAACGGUAAACCGCAAAUUUAACACUCUUGGAGGACUUGACUUCCAUACAGAUAAUUUGGACCUCGAUGUUCCAGAUAAAAAUGAUCUAAAAGGCUCAAAUUUCUUUUUCUCCAAUCUGGUAUAAUCAUCAGUGCAGACAUGUAUAUUUCUAUUUGAGUGUUUUUUAUUUUUAUCUUUUUAUUUAUUGUUACUUUUUACUCUGUAAAUUUUAUAUUUUUUGAAAAGUUUGACUACUUGCUUCAUUUAAUUUUUUAUACAGAAAUACAACUUUUCAGUGAAGGUAGUCUGAUGCAUCAUUAUUGCACUUGUUUUAAAAGUAAAUGGAAAUUGUUUUAAGUAUAAAUUUUGUGCUUCACAAAACUUUAAAAUUUUUGUUUUGUCUUUAGGUUUUUUUCAGCAAAUGUUGGCACUCAAAAUAGAAAUUUUGUAAAUCAUUU